AACUUCACCAAUGCCACUAUUGUUACUGGGAUGGAUUCUGUCAUUGUCAUCAUUUAAUGAAAUUAUCAUCUCUUCCAUUGAAUUUUCCAAAAGAGCUUCAAGGUCAUGCUCUUUUCAUGAUGGUCUGCAUAUGUCUGACGGCACUCUUCCUGUCUUCAACAGGAUGUUCCUGACAAGUUCUCUUGUGAGUGCUUUGACUGCAGAGAAGGUGCGCUCAGUUCAUAACUAUGGAGCUUUUGUUACUAUACCAGGGCGUCGUGACAAUGGGCUAAUACAUCGUAGCCAAAUUUCCAAAAGUGCAGUAGAUGACGCAAAUGAUGUGUUACAGCGUGGAGAAAGAGUUUGGUGCAAAGUUAUCGGUGUAACGGAUGAAAAGAAAAUUUCCUUGUCAAUGAAAGUGGUGGAUCAGGGUACUGGAAAGGAUUUAGACCCAAAUGGAGUUCAGAUUCACCAAGACGAACUCAAAAGAAAGUCCUUCGACCCGUCUUCAAGGAGAAAAGUUAUUGAACUUGAAGCAGUGUUAAAGACAACGUGUACAAAAUGUGGUACUUACGGACAUUUAGCAAAAGAUUGCUUCAAGAGUCCAGAUGGGAAAACCUAUGAGCUUUUGCCAGAUGAUGACGAUGAUGAUGAUGUGCCCGGUGUACUUGCUCAGCUAGCUGAAGAGGCACAGAAAACAAAGCAUAGUAAGAAAGCAAAGAAAAUUAAAAAGCACAAGAAAAGCAAAAGUCACCACAAGAAAUCGAAAAAGUCUAAAAAGAAACGAAAAUAUGCAAGUGAUACAUCUGACAGUGAGGAAAAUCAGCAGAAGAUCCAGGAGUUUACAAAUACCUGUCACAAUGCCCUGACUGAACAACUGUAGAGUACCAUCUGCACACUUUUGUUUUGUUCUAUAGUCCUCAGUCAUGAACCAGUGGGCAAAGUGUGGAUGCAUAAGUAAUAAUCAGCCUUUAUAUGUUAAAGUAAUAACAGCGAAGCACCAUUGUUGAACUCCUUGUUCCUAAAUUUUAUAUUUUUGUGAGCUCUAAUUUUUAUAUGUAUUAUUAUAUUCUAUUGUGCCUGUACCUGUCACCUCAUAAGACAACUGGACUCUGUUAAACUAAAUACUUAAGACUCCAUCACAUCUGUUUGUUGGUCUUAACCUCUAACACCAAUUGAAAUUGACAUAAUUUGAGUUGGACAUGGAGUGUUUACCUUUGGUUAUGUAGGAGAACUAUAGAAUCAGGAUGGUUGGAUGGGUAUUUGACCCUCAACUCCUUGCCAAUACACCUGUGCAUCUUAACCAAGCGAUUCCUCUGCUUGGUCAAGAAAAAACUGAAGACUUUACAGAAUGUUCAUAGAAACAAUACUAAUAAAUAUGAACUGACUAAUGAGGGAAAGUCUUUCCUACAAAAUACUGAACAAGAUGAUUUUGAUGCAUAAAAUCUUCCUCAUAUUAUACUCCACAACCUAUUAAAUAGUAAUUUAUUCUGCAAGUAGUUUUGACUGGCUGUCAUCAUUUGGGAUAAGGGGAGCACC